AUGCGACACGCAGAGCUCGAAUGGACUCCAAAGGCCGCCACACAAAAACACAAGCGGCUAGAGAAGGUCGAUCAUCCCCAGCCAUCGAGACAAGUCGUAGAUGCUGGGCCGUUUUCAGACAUCCAGUAUCUCGGACUGGAUGGGUUUGACGGAUGUCAAGCAAAGAACCCGCCUUUUGAUGCCACAAUGCUCCAUCGCCUCCUUACCAGCAUGUUUCCCAAGCCUGUAACGGUCCGUCUCCGUCAUCAAAUUGAGCAUGUUUUUGAACCCACGUUGCGGUUGGCCAUGCAGCAUGAGGAGCUGUUUCAAGCAAUGAUGGCCAUGGCGCUCGCGUUCCAAGAGAUUCGAAGUGGCCAACUGUUCAUCACACCAGCCAUCGCGUAUCACAGUGCUCGCAGCAUUGCGUGUUUGCGAACCAAGCUCCAAGAGCUAGAGACCGGUCCUGACGAUGCCGUAAUGAUCACCACCAUGCUUCUCACUGAUAUAGCGGUAAUGACCCUUCUUGAAGAUAUUGCGCGACAUGGACUGAAGAUUCCGCAGACCAAGUACGGCACUCGGGCAGAGUAUAUCGCCCACUACCGUGGCCUGAGAGAGAUGAUCAACAUGCGAGGAGGCCCAAAGACGUUUGUAGGCAAUACGCCUCUGUUGGCAAUGCUCGACUACGCCGAUGUUGUAACGGAGAUGCUGGCAAUACCGAAGCAACCAGAACUGGUCGAAGACUUCGGCAGUGACUGCUCAUUAGGCCGUGAGCACGAUAUUUCGUCCUUGCAUUACCCGGUCCACCCGUUCCCACCGGAUCUCUGUAGCGACAUCGCGAACCUCCCCGAAGGGUUUCGUGAGCUUGCUCUCUCCCUCCAACUCAGCAGGGAAGUUAUCAGACUGAUCAUCGGCGCCAGCCGGCAAGCGUUCUUUGACGCGGAGGAAGUCAAGUCGCGGCCAAAGAUCUACUGUCCGUCAAUGAUCAUGACCUUUUCUCGAAAGAUCUUUGCAUCGUCGGCCCGCGUCACCGAGGCCAUUGUUUGUUUGAGCAUCGUCGUCAGCUGUUUGCGUUCCGCCUCGUUCCCCUUUGGUAAGGAAGACCUCCAACUGGUGAUGGAACUCAGCUCUUUGGCGGCACGACGAGGAGCCCGGGAAUCGACUCCGGACCAGCACUACCACUAUAUUUGGACUGUGAUGGUCGCGGCUGAAGCAUGCGAGCAGGACCCUCUGUUGUCCCCCAUCAUCGAUAAAUUGCUGAUGGACCUGCUCGAACCGACGGCCAGACACGAUUUGAAGGCGCCGCAUCUCCUCGGAGAAUGGGCAACUCUCGAAGAGAUCCUGCGGAGGUAUUUCUGGAGGCACGACUUGCUGGAGAAGUGGAAAUGCGUCUGGGCGGCGGCUUUGCAGAAGCGGCGCUCCACAAUCCAGUACAAGUACUCAUAG